CUCUUUGCAGCUCUGGCCAGGGAGAGCUCAGCUUUCUGCCCAUUAAAGGAUUAAGUUCGCCACAAUGGUAAACAAUCCCUCCUGUUUCUUUUCCCUUGCAAUCACCCUUUGCGUCCUGCUGGAAGAAGGUGAGAGAAUCAACAGGAAUUUUUUUUUCUCCUCCGUCUUUUUUGCUGUUCUGAUGUUAUUUUAAUUUUUUGCAUUGGUUUUAAAAAUCGGCAUCCCCUGCGCACUUUGCAAACGAAGCUAGCUUCAGCGGGGAGAGCAUCUGAUUUGCAGGGGGCGGGCGGGCGGGGGGGGGAGCAGAAGAUCCCAGGUUCUAUACCCGGUAUCUCCAGAGAGGGGGCUGGGGAAAGCUCCCUCCCUGCCUUAAACUCUGGAGAGGUGCUGCUGCUGGUCAGUGGAGGCACUAUUGAGCUGGAUGGACCGAUGUUCUGAACCGCUAUAAGGCAGGAUCAUAGAUUGUAGCUCCACGGGGCAUUUGCCUGUAGCUCAGUGGCAGAACAUCUGCUUUGCAUGCAGAAGGUCCCAAGGCUCAGUCCGCAGCAUCUCCCCUGUCUGAAACCCCGGGGACUUGCUGCCAAUCAGAGUAGAUGAUACGGACCUGGAUGGACGUGUAAUCUGACUCUUUCUAAGGCAACUUCCCCAUGGAUUGUGGCCCAGUUAGUUCUGCUCAAAGUAGACCCAUUAAUGAACCUGUUACUCAUGCCUAUUAACUUCGAUGGGUCUACUCUGAGUAGAACUAGCAUUGGCUGCAACCCCGCCCCCAGAUUUCCCUUUUUCCUUUUAGCAGUCCGCCCUCUCUAACUCUGACAGCGGCUCCUGCUCCGUCUCUGUUAUUCUCGCAACUUCCCGAGCAAAUUGGCUUGGAGAGCAACAGGCAGCGAAGUCAACCUGUCCCGCCUUGCAGGGAUGCCUUGCCGCUGCCGCUGUGACAUGCCAGCAGCGAGCGAGACCGAAACAGCUCCCUUAGGGCUUUGCCAAGAGAGGUGGCGAAAUCGUAACAUAUCCCUCCCCCCUUUUCUUGGAAAGAGUUUUUGCUCUCAUUUUCUCUCUUUGUGUGCAUUCUCCUCCCCCCUUGCUUGCCAAAAAUAACGAAAGGGAGGGAGUGCUCUGUGCAUUUGGGAGAAUGCAAAAAACGACCCUUGGCACGCCAAUAAUUUGCACACAUGUUCUAUGGUUGGCAAAGGAGCCAGGACAAUGAUGGUGGCGGUGGUGAUGAUGAUGAUGAUGAUUGCAGUAAAAAUAAUACUUACAUAUUCUCUAAAUGUUAUUCCUGCAUUGCAGGGGGUUAGACUAGAUGGCCAUUGGGCCCCUCCCAAGUCUGUGAUUCUAUGCUCACCUUAAGUCAUAUGCUGUAGGCAUAUGCUGGGCAAUAGCUACUGCUACUGCUGUUGAUUGUUUGCCAAUGUGCUUGCUUCCAGUAUGCUCUCAAUGUGGGUCUCCUCCGAGGUUUUCACCUGGCUUCAGUUUUCUUCUCACUGAGCUCUUCAGAAUUGCAGUAUGCAAACCGUUGUCAGCAACAGCAGAACAUUUUUACAACCCCCGCAGCCCUAAUCUGUAAGGCCUUGGCGGCUAUAAAAUGGCUAAAAUAGAAAUGCUCCUCUCAACUAGGUGGCAGGCUAAUUGCUCUGUUUACAUACCAUGCUGCAUUCCUGGUGCUUCCAGUCUGAAGAGUUCAGGGACUGAUCCCUAUGCCUGUCAUUUUCUCCUCUGGCAGGCCUGGGCCUCCCUCCGGCAGAGCCUCACCUGGCAGCAGGCAGCGGCAGGCACCUGAGGACCAAGCGCUGCUCCUGCCUCAACUGGAUGGACAAAGAGUGUGUUUACUUCUGUCACCUUGAUAUUAUCUGGAUCAACACACCAGGGUGAGUAUUGCGGGGGUGGGGUGGGGGACAGGGGACUGCAGCACAGAGGGAAGAUUGCUAGGUCUGAGCUAGCGGCACAGUUAGAUCCAUUGGGACAUAGGAAACUGCCUUAACACUGACUUGGACUCCUGGUCCAUCUAGCUCAGUAUUGACUGGCAGCAGCUCUCUGCAGUAUUAUGCAAGAAAUCUUCCCCAGCCUCUCCAGGAGAUUGAUUCCAACACCUUCUGCAUGCAAAGCAGAUGGGCUACCCUUUUAGACACUGGACUUAAUGGUCUUAUGGCUUCUCUCCAUUCCUCCCAUCUUACGUUGGUCAUCCAUCUCAUGCUUCUAAGUGUGGUAGGUCAAUCCUGCUGCAUCUUGGGGUCCUGUCUCUUGGACUUCAGCAUGUGGGGGUAGGGCUGGACUGCUGCCCUAAUGUCCUAGGCACCCCUGGCUAGAGCAGGACAAGUGACCGGCUCUCCAAGGUUUCAGGCAGAGGACAUUUCCAACCCUACCUGGCGAUGCCGGGAAUUGAACCUGGACCCUUCUGCAUGCACCCAAAAGCAUGUGUUUUACCUCUGAGCCACCGUCCUUCUCUCUUGCAACAGCCACAGAUAUUUUAUGUGGCAGCUGCUCCCCAGUUGGUGUUUCUAAAGAGCUGAGGUGGGCUGGCCUUUCGAUCCAGCGUUUGGUUGGGAAGGAGACUUGCCCCUUGCAUGAUACAACAGAGAUCUGGGCAGCAUUCAAGCAAUCUCUCUUGCAAGCAGCUUAAGAUCCGAGCCAAAGAGACGACUGGCUCAGGUGUGGUUCUAAUUAUGCCUGCUAACGUGCGGUCUUGAGUAACGACUCACUCUGAAAAAGAGCAUGCCAUUCUCAAACGUGUUUGCGGAGGAAACAUGACAAGCCUAACAGGAGGCUGUAUUUAGAUGGUGGAGAAUGACAGAGCAACCCUGUCUUUAAGCAUCUUCUGCCUUUUGUUAGAAUUCACAAUAGAUUUUUAUAUUGUUAAAAACACACCUCCGACGCACGUUCUGCCUGUAAGGAGCAUGUGAACAAGCCUUGCUGUGCAGCUGGAACAGUGAGGCCUCUCUGCUGACAUGACACAGUGUCCAGAGCGCCAGAGAUCCGAGUUCAAAUCCACCCCUGCCUAGGAAGCCCAGCCUCCCUCAAAGGGCUGUUGUGAGGAAUGGGGAUGGGUAAAGGGAGAAAAGAGAGGAGACUCUGAAUGGAGCUUGCUUGGUGACCACAGGCAAGGCACCAUCUCUUACUUUAAUGCCUGUCACAGGGUUUUUAUGAAGUUCAAAUGUGUGCAUGUGUGGAGAGGGGGGGGCAAGAGAACCAUGUAUGCGCUCUUGCGCUCCAGAGAGGAAAAGCAGGAUAUAAAUAUAAAUCUGGUGUGUAGAGGUUUGAGGUUGGAUUACACUUUGAUCCCAUUAAAAAUAAUGGAGUUCAAGUUAUCCCGAAUGCACUUUGUACAUUUAUUUCAAUAGGAACCAAAGGCACCUGACUUUGGCUGCAAGCCUACAUCCCCCUUACCUGGGAGUAAGUGCCAUUGACCUCAGUGGAGCUUACUUCUGAGUAGCCAUGCUCAUAGCACUGACAGCCAUUGUUUGGUGAGGUCCCAUUAUACCUUCCUCCUUAAUAUGGGCAAUCCCCAAAUCUUAUAUUGUUAGGCAAGGACGACAAGGGCAUCAACCCACUUGCAGCCCGCUGCUUGCCUGUGGAAAUAAAGGCCGAUAGAGUGAGAAUGGGAGGGUGAGAUGGCAUGGCUUUUAUCACAUGGCAACUGCAAACGAGACUUGUUAUUGUCAAGUUUGCUUGGCUUCCGGCCAGGCCCACACCAUAAACCUUCCUUUCUGAUAAAGGAUAGAAGUUAACAAUUUGUUUUUUCCUAAUCAGCCACUCCACGCCCUACGGUCUGGGUAAUACACAAAGGCGUCGGAAGAGAUCACUCAGCAGGUGCGAGUGCUCGCAUUCAAAGGACAGUGUUUGUGCGACCUUCUGCCAUGGCAAGCCUUGGUAAGUGUUCAGAUGUGUCCCUAUCCUUAGACCAGCCUUUCUCAACUCAGGGCCUCCGUAUGUUCUUAUCUCUAACACCCAUGGCUAAUGAUCAGGGAUGAUGGGGAUCUCAACUCAAUGAUAUUUGAGUUUGAAUGUAAUGCUAAACUAUGGUUAACCUAGACCAAUAUUUAUAAAGCAACUACAGACCUUAGUUAAUGCACAUCUGUUAACCAUAGAUCUGCCAAUUUUGCUUCUUUAUGUUUUUCAUUUUUCCCAGUUGUAGAUUAAGUUUCCCCAUACUUCUGCAGUGAUAUUUUUUUAAAAAAACAACUCAUGAAAAUUCACCAGCACAUUUCUCCCAAUAAACCCAUUUUAUCUGUGCAAUUUUGCCCAAUACAUACUUUGGCAAGGCAAUAUCUCCUCAUAUAAUGCCCUUUUGUAUGCUAUUUUCACCAAUCUAAGCAUUUUUAUGCAUACUUUGUCCACAUUACUUUUCUGGAAAACUUCACUGCAAAAUUCAGAAAAGUGCAAAUUUCAAAAGGUGACCAUUGUUUUGAUUCACAUACUGCUUCAGAAGGUAUUGAAUAAGUGACCUUCGCCUUUAAAAGUGAACUGAAUCAACUUUCACUCCAUUUCUAUCCUUAGUUAAUAAUCCUUAGUUAAAUCACAGGGCUGAGUUCAUCCAAUUAGCUUAUCAGGGAUACCAACUUGAAUAAAAUAUCGGGGGGGGGGGAGGACAGGUAAGCUCCUCCCCACAUAAUUGAUCCCAUGACACAGUGCAUGCACACCAUUUGAAUGAGAAGGCCCAUCAACUUUAGGGGUCCCAACCCCCUCAAAUAUUUUAUUGAGGGCCCUGAAGACCCCUUGGCCCCUAGGAGUUGGCUCCUAUGAGUGUUACAAACCAUGAUUUAGUUAACCAUAGUUAAAGCAUGGCUUAGUUUUACUGGAGAGCUACAGGUUCACCACCAAGGGCUAAGCUCAGUAUUGAACAUGCAAAAGGUUAUGAAUUGUCUGAAAAGAGGCCUGUGUGUCUGUUCACAAACAAACUCUGGAGAGAGGAAGGAGUGAGAAUGUGUGUUACUUUACAGGGGAGAGUUGGGCUGCAACUUUUUGUCUUUGUGUUGUGGGGCUUGGAAGAGGGGUGGUUAGGGUUUGCAAAUUAGUCUCUUUGGCAACAGAUCCAGCUCCCUCUUUUCCUCUCUCCCUCCUCAGGGGCAUAAGUAGAGGCUGCUGGAUUGGGCCAGUGGCCCAACUACUCUAUCAUCCUUUCUCACCACGGCCAGCCCCUAACUAAACCAGCCCAGGCCUUCUCAGCCUUUAGAAUGACUCUGCCUUCUUUCUUUUUGUAAAAAGGAGUGACUAUCUUAGACUCUGAACCCCUCGCUGUGCAACAGAGACACACCUGCUCAGUCUAUAAGCCGUAAAUGGAGAGUUGCAUAACGUAAGGAUGUGUUCAGGUCAUGGAAAGGGAAAGCAGGGUCACCGUGUCGUUCUAUCGUCUUCUUAGAAAACCUAGGAGUAAUAAAUCUGGCUGUAAAAAUUUCUGAGAACGGGUUAGUUGCCAAAAUAAAAAAACAAAACAUAGCAAAACAGAAAAUCUGUUUUUAACCCUAAACUGGUGCUCUCCUGCCGCCCCACCCCAGCCUGUCAGGGAAGACAAGGUGAGCGAAGAUGUAUAUCAGGAACGAGGGAGGAAUAAAGCUCUACAUCGUGAACAAGGGUGGGAAGUAGAGACAACAUGGGGGGCGGGGACACUGCCAAGGAGGUGGCAGAUCCAGCCUCCAAAAAGGGUAUCGCAACUGUCGCUGGCAUUAUGCCAUUGGUAGUGGACAAUGCAUUCCUUGGAGGCCAGAUCUGCUGUCUCUGUGAAUCUUUUCACCUACAGGUGGUUGCCUCAAGGGUGGCUAGGCCAUUACUGAACUUAAGAAAUGCUGAUAUUGGGUGUUAUCCAGCUAAGUUCUAUUCAGAGUAGACCUAUUGGAACUAAUAGACCUAAGUUAGUCUUGCCCCAUUGUUUAGUGGGGAUUUGAACCAUGGUCUCUCAGGUCCUGGUUUCUACUCACCAUGGCUCACCACUGGUCCACUCUGAAUAGGGUUAGCGUGGUUUGCAGGGCGCUGCCUUUUAAAAAUAAAAUAAUUAUCUGGACUCCUUUGAACACUAUCUCAUAAGAUAUGCACCAACUUGUUUCAACUCUGCAGGGAUUUCAGAAAUCCACGGCUUACCACGAACACAGGACUGCUGGUAAAACUUCUCCAGAGCCGUAGUGCGAAGCCCCGCAAGACAAACUUCUGAAAGUUCUCAGGUAAAGGUCCUAUAUAAAUGCGCUCUCUCUCUCUCUCUCUCUCUAUUUUGUGUUCACUCUGCUUCCAGAGAUGCUUGGGCGCAUCUAUAAAUGCAUGACUUCAAAAUGCAUGGAAACAAAUGUUCAGCUGUUGUGGCUUCCCCUCACCUUUGAAGCCCGCAGGGAAUUGUAUGGCCACAGACACACUAAAGCAGACCACACAAAGAAUAGAAGCGUGAGCGUUAAAACACAAUGCUUGUUUAAAAUACAAUAUAAUACAAAAGGUGACACACACACAUAUUUAAAAUACUGCUUUCUGAAAACACAACACACAAAUUACAAUUGAAAUGAAAAUAUCAUCUUGUGAGACCUUUGUGCAGAAAGGAGAAACAUGGCCACUGUUAGCUUAUUUAUAUCAGCCAAUAAAUAUUCCAGACACCAUUCUGGGGUGCUUCCUCACAAAAGGGCAAAGUAGUCUGUUACAUUCCUCUCUGUGAAAGUUACAUGUAGUUUGGAUGAAUUUUCUGGUCACUCUUUGCUACAUAUCAAUAUCACUGUUACCAGGGUUCAUUCAUUGGGAAGCAUGGAGGUAAAUAUAGCAGAGGCUCAUCCAUUAGGGCAAGUGAGGGACACAGAACAUAAAAAGCUGCCUUUUACUGAGGCAGACCAAUGGUCCAUCCACUUCAGCAUUGUCUACACUGACUGGCAGUGGCUCUCUGGGGUUUUAGGCAGAGGUCUCUCCCAGCCCUAGUUGGAGUUGCUUGGGAUUCAACCUGAGACUUUCUGUAUGCAAAUUUCAUGCUCUACCUCCAAGAGCAAAUCAGGCACGUUGUCCUAUCACUCUCUUUGAUCUCUGCUAGCUCUAGCUGUCUGCUAUAUUUCUUCCAUCCAGCCCAGAAGCUGGCACCAGCUGCCAACUGCCUCCUCCUUAGACUCAGGGUUGUCCUUGUAGAAUUAAGCAGGGAGGAAGAUGAAGAGUAAACUAACCCUACAUAGCACAAAUAGAAAUGGAAAAUGUCAUUUUCCAAAGAGCUGUGCUGGGAUGGGUAGGGAUGAGAUUCUGCUGGGUGUGAUCAAAUCUGAAUGGGUUUGCACUGACUCAGACUAAGUUGACAAACUAUAUUUGGAAAAGCAUCUAGGAUUAAUCUGAGUCAGUCUGAUUAGAGUCCAGGGAAGCUCAGUCAUCACUAAGGAGGACCUCUCCCCAAUUUAACACUGAGACCCCUAUAAUCUAUAGUGGAAUAUCUUGCUCCAUUUUCUACAAUUUUGGCUAUGUUUCCAUAGGCAUUAAAACAAAACUGGGCAGAAACAGACCUAAUUAAGGUUGCUCCUCUGCCUUUAGGAAUGCCUUAGAAGGCAGAAUUUCCCCAGGAAUGAGUGUUCCCAUCAUAGGGCUUCAGGGCUUAGCAGAAGCCACAAAUUGCAAUUUUUGCAAUCCUUAAAGCUGUGAUGUGGAGUCUACCACUCACAUCAUCCUUAACCACUGGGAGUGCUGGUUGAGGCUGAUAGGAGUUGGCAGUGCAACAACAUCAGGAGGGCCAUUGGUUCCUUAUCCCUGCCUUAAAGCUACAACAGGGGCUCUCUGGACUGGGCCCGGCAAGUUCAAGGCCAGCUCCCCAAAGAGAAUGCCAAGUGGCCAUUGCACGAGGUGCUGACAUUUUCAUCUCUUCUGCUUUGUAGGGCGCCUUGCUCUUUCAAAUGCCUCGUUCACCUGGAAGCAGCAGGACUCGCUGAGGACUUCCAAACUAGCACCACUUAAAUGAGGGGAGACCAUAUGGAAGACAAAGCAAGAAGGGUGGGGGUGCUGUUCGCCUUCACCACGCAGAGUCCUGCCAUUGCAAAGAAUCUCCUACUCUGUGGGAAGUUGAAAGAUUGGAGGACCAUUGGAAGAGAUGGAAAGAAAUCCAUGGAAACAGCUGCUGGAGAAAGGGGCAAGGAACCGUGGAGGCAGUAGCACAGCCCCCUUGGUACAUCAGAGGUGAUCCUAAAGAGACAAUAGCCUCUCCUUUUUACUGCACCUUGGGAAGGUCUGUCCAGCUUGUUGGGACAAGAGAGGAGAUCUUCUUCCUGGAUACCAACAGGAACUCAUAGCAGAUCUCAGUGUAAAGAGCCAGCACUUUGGAGGAAGGCAAAUGCAGUUACGGACUCCGUCGCCACAUGUGGAUCCUUCCAAACACCCCUACCUCAGGACCUAGUCUAGUCUGCUUCUCCUUUUCCCAACGUUUGACUUUAAACAUAGUUUGGCUGGUUUUACCGACUGCUCCUUUUAUUCCGGUUGUUGUUGCCUGCCUCACAUCUGCCUCUACUUUCCUGCGCGACACGAAAAGGCGUGCAUUGAAUAGACAUUCCUAUUUCUGGUAAUGAAUUUGCUAAAAGUCUGUUAUUGGUAACAACAACUCCCCCCCCCCAUAAGUCAAUUUAGUGUUGCCUAGUGACCAUUGGGACUGGUAUGGCAGGCACAAAGGAAGACAUCAGUAGGUGGAGGGGAGUCAACUAAUUCUACUGUUGUCUCAAUCUUCCUCCUUUCUGAGUUUUACAAGGGCAAAAGGGAGGCUGAGGAACGGGCAGGCAGGCAGGGCCAGGGUCACCUUCUGGACUGGUUGUAAGAAAGACGACAGGUGGGCUUGGAGGAAUCAAUACUGAGAUUGGUGGGGCAGUGUCCCAUUUGCCUGGUUGGAUCAGCCUGCUUUGCAGCAACUUAGCUCUACUCAGUUAAUCUGAAAUCUUGUUCUCAGCGAGUAACUUAAGCCUUGAUGAAGUUGAUGGCUCAAAAAAGCGGGGGGCAGGGGGUAGGACCAGAAAAGGAUCAGCAAAGCUGGGGUGGAGGCAGGAGUUCAAAAGCACAUCUUCAUUGCACAUUUAAACCAAUUUAGCCAUCACCACCCCAAUUAAGAAGCCCCAGGAAUAAUAGCUGUGUGAGGGAACUGAGCCUUUGGUAGAGAUCAUUAGCCGUUUCACAGAACUACACACGAAGCUGCUCAUGUUGAAUCAGGGCAUUAUUUCAUCCAGCCCUCUGCCGUUGGUGAGUGAAGGCUCUCCAAGGUCUCAGACAGAUAACUUCUAAGUGUUGCUGUUUGAGAUCCUUGAAGUGGAGAGGCCAGGCAUUUGCAACACAUACACUUCAUUACGGAGUUGUUAGUUGCCUGUCAAUUUCACUUGCACAGAGAAGAGAAUUCUCAGACCACUUGUGUGUCUGUGUGUGAGCCUCCCAGUUCCACUGCUGCUCUUUAAAGACCUUGCACACAACUCUACAAGUUUAAGCAACAUGCCCUGCAUUAGCAAGUUCCACACUGCAAAUGCUGAAAUGGUUACAAUCACAAAACUUGACUUUUGAAAAGCCCCUUCACUAUAGGCAUGAAACUGAUCGUUAGUUUCAACCUGCCUGUCAAUUUCGCAUGACCUUCUCUGGGCUGCUUGAAGAGGUGGCUCAAAUCGUGCUCAGGUAGCAUUAACAUCCCAAAAGUUUGCAGGAGCUUUCUUGUUUAUAGUUCAGGGGUGCUUGUUCAUUUCAGGGGUGUGGCCCUCCAAAUGCUAUUGGACUCCAACUCACAGCAGCCGCUGGGAGUUAAUGGUUAGUGAUAAUGGGAUUUGGGGUCCCAGCGACAUCCAGAGAGCCACAUGAUUUUAGGUAUGAAAAAUAUUUUAACUUGUCUUUCCUUAAAAAUACAACAAAUAACAGUAAAAUACAGUAACAAUAAAACACUAGCAAAAUACAAGUAACAACAACAGAUCACUGAGAGAAGUAACAGCAGAUAAAGCCAAUAUUUCAGGGAGCUGACUAAUGACUUGGCAGAUCAAAUGCCAUCUGUAAAAGAGAGGUCUUCAUGCAUUGGCAGAAGGCCCUCAAAGAGGAAGAACGUUGCUCAGACACUCCUCAGAUAUCAGAAAUCAGUGGAGUUUCAGUGAAUUUUGUACACAAUGAGGUGGGAACAGUGAAUGGAGAACUCCAUGGAAACUGAGAAUCAAGGUCCAUACACCCCUAACCAAAGGCUCUCUUUAGCCAAAGUCCCUGGGGGUUCUUCUUUGGAGCUGUGAUGGUUUAAACUGGUUUAAAUGUGUCAUACAGAUGUGCCCAUAGUGAGGACCAGUUAUUCAGCCAGGUUGGUGCACUGUAGAACUUGGGUUGAGGGGUUCCACAACAGAGGUCAAUUUCAUGUGCUAAAGUGGUCAUAGCAUUGCUUGGCUACAUGACCAAUUUGCUGUUUGGGCCAUCUUUACUCUGUCGUUGCUUAUCUUGCAACCUUUGCAGUGGCACUGUAAAUGGCAGUGGUGGUGGUGGGUUGAAUUAUAAGGCAGACACACAACCAUCUUGGCAUGACUAAGUUGGCUUGGUUGUGGUGUUUAUGUCCCACAAUAUCCUAUGGAUAUAUUAUGGGUGGGCUAGAAUGCUUCUGACAAGAUUACUUUUAGCAUAGCGUCCUGAGAGGGGGCCCUUAUAAACACUGCAUGGUCACUUGGUUUGGCAGUUCAGAUCACAUGAGGAUAGUAUCACUGGUAGGUUGGGGGAUACAUGGUGAGGGAACUGUUACUGUGCUCUCAAAACUGUUUGGAAAUCUGAAGAAGCACAGAUUUUAUUAGAGGCAACUUCUUUUGUAUUCAGUGAAACGACUGGCCUCCUUAUAGGGGGAGCCUGUGGUCCUCCAGAUGUUGGAGGAUUACAGUUCCUAUCAUCCCUGACCAUGGGGCACAUUGGCUGGUGUCAAUGAGAGUUAGAGACCAGCAACAUGUGGAGGAGAGGACCACUGGUUCUCCACCUCUGCGUUAGAGCUGUCAUAUCCUGGGCUUUUAAGAAACCUCCAGUUUGAAUUCAUCCCAAGUUUUUUGACGUGCAGAAAAUGCAAUGCCAGGAAGAAACGGGUUUAGGCAGGAGAAGGAAAAGCCUUUUCUGCCAGCUUUCUGAAUGAGACAUGUUCUGCCUACAUAUUCAGGGAAACUAUAGAGUAGAUUCUUCUGGAACUUUGGACUGCGGCUUAGUGCUUCUUCCUGUCAAAAAUAAUUAAAUCCUGCAUAUGGAGAAGUAGCACAUCUGAGCUAAGUUUCUCCCUGAUGUGCUAGCUUUCUGCAUGGAGGACUUUUCAAAAAAUGUAACCCUGUACAUAUAAUAAGAAAAUGAAUCAGUCUUAAAACUAUCACAUAAUCUCCUGCCCCACAAAACAAUCAAAUAAAUGCAUAGUUCUUCUCUUAGUCUGUCUACUGGGCCAGGACUGAGCACAGAUUUAUCAAUGAACAGAUCACUAUAUAUAUAUAUAUAUAUUCAGGCAAUUGGUGGUGAGGAUAAAGACAUUCAGUAGACAGUGUCUUUUGGAAUGAUGCAGGUCCCCUGCCAAAUGGCUUAAAGUCAAAUAUCAUCAUUGCGUUUCCUUGAUCCUAUGGGAACAAGGCAAUUCAGCCCCUGGCUAGUAGAAUCCCCUCUACGCCUAUUGCACCAGGCACUUUAUUUACUAUGCUCAUGCACUGUAGCUUCUGUUAUACAAAGCAUGGAUAACAAACAAACAAAGCCCACAUUGAAUUAAUGCAAAUGCAUCAGUGCUCCAGAUAAAUGCAUAUUGGGGUUUGCGGUCUGGAUGCUGUAGGCUUAACACAUUAAUGUUAUGGUUUAAAGUCUGUCUGUUGAUGCUGGGGUGUCUGUGUUGUAACCCGAGCAUGAGCAAAAUACUGUUCUUAAAAUAUGCUUCAGAUCUAAUGGCGAAGAGGGGUUUGGGAAGCCAGUCUGAUGCAUACGUCACAUGUGAAUCUUUAGAUCACAAUGCGACGGCAUCUAAAAUAAGAAGAGAUCCAUUUGUAUUUGCACUUGAGAAGAUUUUGUUUGGCCUCAAAGGAUCUGCUGCUGUCUCGGGAAGUGGGAAUGGUGCGCACAAAGGACAAUGUCAAGCCUUUUCCUGUGCAGUGGUAGAUCGAUGCAAUUUAAGUGACAGGUGAAAAGUUCUGUGUCCAUAAUGCAUCUCUGUCUAUGCAAACUCAAUAUGUAGCAUCCCAAUGUUUGGACAUAAAUGUACAUAUAUUUAUUUUUUUAACUUUUUAAAUAUAAAAAGCCCUGUAAAAUACAAAGUUGUAAUAAAUG